AUGCAUAAGGAGUGGGCUGACUUCAAGGUAUCCAAGAAGAAAGUUGCUGAUGAUGAGAACCGUGUUGCCCAGUUAAGGACUAAACUGGAAGCUGAUCAGGCCAAGUUUGAAGCUGAUCGAAAAACUGAAGAAUGGUCCGUUGCGGGCUGGAAGAGAAAGGCUGAAGCCGAAGCUGCCCUUCUUUCCGAGGAGCGCAAGAACUGGAAGAAGAUUUGUGAGAAGGAUAAUGCCGAAAAGAUGGGUCUCCGCAACGUUAUCAAUAAUCUCAAGGCUGAGGUUGAGAAAUUAAAGAAACAAGAUGCGGGGAUCGAAAAGUUGAAGAAGGAAAAAACUGACGCUGAAGCUGCGCGAGAUGAGGCGCGUUCCGACAGGGAACGAAGUGAACAAUCAGAGGUACGUGCCUGCGCCACUCUUGCUCUUAGAGAUAAAGAGAUAGAAGAACUUACCACUUUGCUUUCUGACCAGGAACAACUCAAGAAAGAUUUGGAGCUUGCGCAUACUGAGAAAACUGAAGCCUCCCGCGGCUAG